GCUAUGGCAGAAUCCGAACACGGUUUCUGGCAGCCUUCAUCAGCGUGGUCUCGCAUGACCAUCCCCACCAGCAGGCCUACGCAGUCUUUUAUACAUUCGCAGACUUAACUGCUAUUGUGUCGCGGGAAAUUAUGAUAUUCUAGAGAAUGGGCUUUGAGAUUCUGUCUUUGAGUGGAUGUCUCUGUGGUCGUAAAAUCUGCUGAAGCAGUGUGUGAGACAGUGCUUGGUAGUGUUAGAGAAGGAAGAUACGUGGAUACCGACAAUGGCAGCCGCAGGCGCCGCGGUGGAUGAUCCAUACUUGCUGCAAGCAAACCUGGACAACACCAUGAGCAAGAUCAUGGAUAUGGAAGAGCAGAUCGAGCGGCAGGAGGAAGAAGUUGCGAGACUGGAAAUGCUCGUCAACGACAGUGACAGGUUUCACGACAUAGAAUCCGAAUUGGAAAGAGCCUCCGGAUUGAAGGUACUAACUGUGGGCAGUAAUUUUCUGAAAAUUCGGAUAACAACUCACAUACCUACUAUGGAAGCGUUGAGCUGGAACCAUGAUGGCAAAUACGAGCAUGAACUCAUCAUCACCUUCGACACGACUGCAAUGACUAUUGAAGCAGUGCAGCUAUCUCCAGAAGAUGUACCUUACGAGGACCUCUUUGUUGAAGCUAAGGCUCUGAGUGCCCUUCUUGAGGCUCCAUUGUUGACGAGUGGGGGAGAAGGAUGGAGCAGACAGAUCCCUAGUCUGAUCACCAGAGUACGUCAUCGAAUUUAUGCGAAUGUUCUGAAGAGUGCGACACUUGCAGCAUCUGUUAAGGAUCCUAGGUACAAGCUGAAGUAUCUGCCGGAAGAGAAUCUUAUUAUAGCUACUCUUCCAGGACCUGUUACAGCGAGUAUAGAAGCUCCUCAUGGAUGGCCCAUGCCUGGGUUCACCCUGCACUUGAAGUCGCUCAUUGCAUCAUCCAAAGCCCGUGACUUGAAGCCUGCAGGCAUUCUCGAACAAUGCGUGGAAGUUGCAAAUUCAAGUCCGGAGUCCUCAAGGUUGGAUGUGAUGCAGUUUCUGCAAGCCAUUGAGAUCAUUCUUUCUGGGAAAAGAAAGGAAGCCUCUAAGCAAUAUGAACAAAGUACAGUCAAACUGUAGUGACGAGGAAACAGGUGCAUGCUUCUUUGUAGGAAGGGAAUGUUAAGUACGGAGAAUUUGUGGAUGGAACCAUCAGCUUUAGAACGAGAUGUAAUUUUGGAACCGGAUGGUUGUAAGUGAGACAACCCAAGUUGUGAGAUGAGGUUUCAGUUGUAUUGUUGAUGAUGUUUUGAACGCGAACUGUAGGAGAACACCUGAA